AUGGGCAUACUCACAGCCGCAGACAAAGAGAAAGUCAAGCGGGCCGUGCCCAAGGCCUCUAACAAGGUAGUAGAUGCCACCAUUGCGCGUCUUUACAUUGCUUAUCCUGACCCCUCUCAAUGGACAUAUACUGGCUUGGUAGGAGCCAUUGUGUUGACUGACGAUCUUGUUGGCCACACAUUCUUCUUGAAGUUGGUCGAUGUAGUGGGUUCGCGCGGUGUUCUUUGGGAUCAAGAGCUUUAUGUGGAUUUCCAGUACCACCAGGACCGCAAGUUCUUCCACACUUUUGAAAUGGAAGACUGCUUGGCGGGCCUUCUCUUUGAGGACACAAAUGAUGCAGCCCACUUUUUCAAGCGCGUCACCACACGCCAGAAGCAUGCCUCCAAGCAAACUGCGGCCAAUAAGAAUGCUGUGGCCUUGAAGGAUCGCUUGGGUCCUGCAGAGCAGAAAGUGGGUCCAAGAGGGGAGUUUGUCGAUGUCAACACAGAGCAGCGCUCGCGCCGGGCACGCGGUGUGCUCUAUUACGACGACGUACCGCCCCCGGAGUGGGCUCCAUUGUAUGCGGAGCUCGAGGCUGCGGGUAUAACGGAGGAUAUGAUUGCUGAGAACAGAGAAUUUAUCAAAAGCUACAUUGCAAAGCAGGGUGGGCCAUUGGUCGGCUUGGAGCCACCUGUGCCUCGCAAAUACGCUACACGCAAGGUUGAGAAGCCAGCGCUGCAGGUUUCUGUGCUGAAGAAAACGAAAAAAGCACCACCUCCUCCUCCUCCUCUCGCUGGGGAAUCAUCGGCGUCAGCCUCACCAGCGCCAAGAUCUCGUUCGACGACUAUUAGUAGCAUGCCUAGCGCAGCGCAGUCUGAAAACGAGCCUGAACCAGACCCAACUCCAACCCCCGCGCCAGAACCAGAAAAACCUAGGUUCCGUGUACCACCUGCCUCCGCUAUUCCACCUCCGGUUCACACCAAUCUACCUCCGCCUAAUCAGUUGCCUGAGCACACUGCCACCGCCAUAGGGGGAUACGGCCAGAACAGCCAGAACAACCAGAACUUUGCUCAGAACGGCCAGAACUUUGCUCAGAACGGCCAGAACUUUGGUCUGAAUACCCAAGGAUAUGCGCAAAACUCCACACCAAACUACAAUUCUCCUACAUAUGGCUCCCCAGGACCAUCGCCCAACUCUGGCACACCUACUGCUCUACAGCCAGGGCAGGUGCAUGCAGUUCCACCUGCUCCUCCUCGUUCAGCUCGAGCUGUUCCACCUCCUCCUCCACGUGCAGCUACCAACCGUCCUCUCCCACCGCCUCCCCCACCGCGUGCUGGAGUUCCUCCUGCGCCUGCUCCUCGCAUUGGUGGUGCUCCACCUCCACCUCCACCUCGAGCAUCGCGUGGUGCUCCUCCGCCGCCUCCUCCUGCUCGCGCGCCCGUUCAGACAUCGCACCAACCACUGUUUCAACAGCUGCCUCAACCUCAAUUCCAACAACUGCCUCAACCUCAAUUCCAACAGCAGCCUCAGCCCCAACUGUUCCAACAACCACAGGCGGCUUCCCAGUUUGCACCACCUCCGCAACAGCCCCAAUUCUCGCCUCAGCCUGGGAUGUUCCCUCCUCCUCCUCCGCGUACUGGACAAGCUGCUCCGCAGCCGGCGCCUACUCUGUACCAUCAAGACCAGUACGUUUCGCAAGUUGUUCCUCAGCCUCUGGCACCUCCUUCAAUGCCACCCACGGGUACUGCAGCACCGCCUCCUCCACCUCCGCUUCCUUCGCUGAAUGGAGCUUCGGCACCUCCUCCUCCUCCACCACCACUUCCUCUGAAUGGAUCAUCUGCAGCACCACCCCCUCCUCCUCCACCAAUGCCAAACGGGGCUCCAGGAGCUCAAGGUGGAAGUGCGCCUCCUCCACCUCCACUCCCGGCACUCGACCUCAACUCAGGUCCUGCUCCAUCUAUGCCGCUGGUGGACCCCUCCCGAGAUGCUUUAUUGGCCUCCAUUAGAGGGGCUGGUGUAUCCUCACUCAAAAAGACGGACAAGUCACAAUUGGAGAAGCCUAGCGUGAUUCUUCAAGAGGCACGAGGUGAGCCCUCUGCACCCAGUACUUCCAGUGCUCCCGCAGCUCCCGGCCAACCUGAAUCGUUGGCAGAUGCUUUGGCGAAUGCUCUCAAUAAAAGAAAGGACAAGGUGGCCGCCAGUGAUGACGAAGACAAUGAUGAUGACUGGUGA